AUGCGCCUUUUCAGAGUGAAGAGCAUACAAGCGUCCUGUGAGCGGAAGUGUGAAAACCCAGCAAUUCACGACAGGAAGAGCUCUACUCAGAUAUCCCAGGCCAACUACCCGCUCUCAUCAAGUGUCAUCAUUUUUUCGCUGAGAAUAUCCGACAUCAGUGGCCGUGGCGCGUUACGCCUUGUCCGUCUCGUAGACGAGCCUGUAAUCCCUGGCUGCUAG